UGUUUCUAAACGAGAUUAGAAUGGAUUUGUUUCUCCAAAAGUUGGUACUUAACCUAUCCCAUAACAGAAGACCUACAACAGGGACAUGACGGGGCGUGGGCCGGGGAUCACCGAACGCAGUCGCGCAUUCAACACCAGCCCAAAACGACGCAACGAGUUCAAACAGAUUACGUUAUGUUUCCUCCAACUAAACGCAUAUUAAGGGCCAACCAAGUCGGCACUAACCACGUCGAGCGCGUCGGCAGCUUUAUGUAAUGAUUUAGUGUAUAUAAUCACUUCAAUAUAUUGUUUUAAGAGCGGGUAUGCUGAAUGCGUGCACGCAGAGAUCAUCUGGGCCCCCAUUUCAACUUCGCCGACAGUCGCUGCAAGGUCAUUCCGCGAUUUGCGCCCAGGAAGGAAUCGGCUCAAGCCUCCAACGUCGUCAAUCUUUGCCCGUCUUUCUUCUUCUCUCUUUACGUGUUCCAAUGGUUGUGAAACUUCUGCAACACGAGCACGGUAAGGGCCGCGUGCGUAUGCUCAAGGUGACUCGCACACCCGAGAAGCACUCGGUGAUCCAGUUGGAGGCGGAGGUGCUACUGGAGGGUGCACCCGCCGCCAGUGCCUACUAUGACGGUGACAAUGGCCGCGUGCUUCCCACGGACUCGGUCAAGAAUACGGUGUGGGUGUUGGCCAAGAAGCAUGAGUUCGCUUCGCUCGAGGAUUUUGGCGUUAUCCUCGCCAAGCACUUUGUCACGAAGCACCCAGACAUUAUCAGCGUGGCCAAAGUGAAGCUGUUUGAGACGCCAUGGCAGCGCGUGGUGGUGCCCGACUCCAAGGGUAAGACACGUCCGCAUCAUCACGCCUUUGUCAGCGCCAGCCCGGGCUUCUCCACUGCCUAUGUGGUGGCUCGCAAGUCGGCGUACGGCGCCCCAGAUGUGACGGUGCAAGGCGGUGUGGACGGCCUCAAGGUGCUCAAAACCACGCAGAGUUCUUUCGUCGACUUCUUCCGCGAUGAUUUCACGACGCUACCGGACGUACCUGACCGCCUGGUCUGCACAUGUGUCACGGCGACGUGGAGCUAUACACCCGACGCCAUCGGCGGAGACUUCGUUGCCAGAGUGGCAGAGAUCAAGAACGUGCUACUUGAGACGUUUGCGGGUCCAGCCGAUGUGGGUGUGUCCAGUCCUGCCGUGCAGUUUACGCUGUACAAAAUGGGCGAGGCUGUGCUGGAGAAGUGCCCGUACGUCAAAGACAUCAAGAUCACAAUGCCUAACAUCCACAACAAUCCCAUCGACCUGUCCCGCUUUGGCUGCAAGAACAUCCAUCCGCACGGCGAAGUGUUCCUGCCGACGGACGAGCCACACGGCAUCAUCUCGGCCACGAUGGUGCGCGCGGCGUCCAAGCUGUAGGCUGCGUCUCUUUUUCUUGGCUGGUCUUCAGCCAGUAUCCUCUUUUGAGUACAUUUAAAACUGAUAAGAAACCUUAUGGAAAGUACUGAGGUGGUGCUGACAGCAUAGUGCUGUCUUUAUUAUUGUUGAUA